UGUGUGGUAGGAAUAUGAUCAUUCUCAUAACUGCUGGUAUUCAUUCUGUUACAGAAUAGUACUCAGUUAUUGAAUUAUGUAGCUAAAAAUCUUAUUGAAAUGUGCUUGAAAAUUAUGCAGUAAAAAAGCCAUCACGGAAAUCCCUGUACUACGUGAAGAACGAAGUGUUUUUACUAAAGUAAAUUUGAGGAAAAGGAAAGGGACUGAGAAGGAACCAAUGUUUGGGAGAAAAAUGCAACUGAGAAAGAGAAAGAAAGGGAUACCAGGAGAAAAUGCUGAGCAGGAAAAGAAUCAAGCUCAAGAAGAUCCAAUUUCACAAGAAGAUGAAAUGCCGAGCAUUGAAAAGAUUGACCAAUUAAACGGUGAGAAGUUUUUGGUAGCAGAAGUUGAGCUCGAAGAAAACACUGAUCAAAGGACUUCGAGAGAUGAGCUAAACACUGACCAAGAAAUUGGUGAAGAUGAAGUAAACACUGAACAAGAGUGUAGUGAAGAGGAAGAAUGUGCUAGGAAGAAGAAAAGUGCAACAGUGGAAAGAAAAGAGAGAGAGAAAAAUAAACAAAGAAAGAGAAAGAAGAAGGUCCUGGGAGAAGAAGAAGAACUGAAUAAGAUUGGUGUGAAGUCCAUAAAGACAAGGAUGUCACCGAAAACAAUAAUUGAACUGUUAAAAAAUCUGAGUGAAGAACAAAAAGAGGAUGUUAGGGAAAUGGGGUUUGGUAGGUUGUUACAGUUGGAUAUCUCGCAUCUUCCUCUGCAGUUAGGUUACUGGCUGGUGGAAAAUUUUGAUACCAGAAAUGUUUCGCUGAAGUUGCCAAGUAAAAAAGAGAUUCACAUUAAUGAGACUUCCAUUCAUAGCACCAUCGGGUUUCCAAUGGGAGGAGAAAGUGUGAUGAAAAAGAAUGGAGAGAAAUCGGAAGAAGUAAGAGAAGUGAUGAGAGCUUGGAAGUUACAAUUUCCAGUUCAGAAAGGGACGGUUAGAAUAGCAGAUGUUUUCUAUGUUGACAAUGUCAUUUUCAAAAGCAGAAGAGUUCAAAGGCAGUUCCCCUCUUUCGUUAGGUGGAACACAAGACUACUGUGGGAACGAGAAAGGGCUGGAAAAAAGAGCGGUGGAUUUGGUUACGGGUACAUCGAUGUGCCCAAUGUUGAAAAGAUUGAACUGACAAGUCCAAAUCUCAACAAAGAAAGUCAGACAAACCAAAGUGAUGGUGGAAAUCAAGAUGAAUUACAUGUUCAGAAAGAAAAAAUGGAUGUUAUAAAAGCAUUUGCUUCAGCCACAAAGAAUUUGGCAGAAGCAAUAUCUCUAUUUGAUGAGAAGCUUCGAGCAGCUGUUCAAGUGUUGCCAGAUGAUGAAGCAAUGAAAAUGCUGAAAAAGCACAAAAAAGGCGACAAGAGAGAGCACAGUAUGAUGGGCCAACCUUUAGGCUACUUUCACAAGAAAGCCAAGAGAGACGUGAUAAUGAGAUGGUUCAUGAUUGGGGGGGUGGCAGCUGAUGAUGUGGGAGGUGUGACAGAACAUGCUGAAAAAGAGAGGGAUUGGGUGGCAGCAGAUGUGGGAGAGAAUGGAGAGUUGCAUGCAGAUGUCAGAGGCGGGGGAGAUGUGGCAGAUGUGGAAAAUGUAAAAAAAGUUCUAAGUGAAGUCUGGAUUCUUGACAUGGCAGUGGAGAAAAACAAUAGAGAAGUUGAGCAGAAUAAAAAAGGCAAUCAAGACGAAUGUCCAGAAAGAAUUGCAGAACGACAAAAGGGUAGAAAGAGAGAUGUUCCACUUUCAGCUGCACUAAGGUCGCCAUUCAUGAAUAGAAUUGUAGACAUAAGGUCUACCUUGACAAUUGAAGAGAGAAUGGUGGAAGAGUUCACAUUUUCAGUAGACAGUGAUGAUAAUGUGCUAUACAAGGAAGGUGACAAAUCAAUCAAGAAAGGGCACUUCCAAAGCUUGAAACUGAACUCAGCAGUUUCUUUUGAAAUCAUAGAUUUGUGGACUGAUAUUCUUAACCACAAAGAGAAGUUCAAAAGCAAUGACUCAUCAGCCAGAGUGUUCUUCCCAACGAAAAUUUGUGAUGUGUUGGAUUACAAUGUUGGAAGUUCAGCAACAACACGAAACAAAAACUUUGUGGAGAACUCAGGAGUGUUUACUAUGAGAUUCAUGGAGACAUAUAAAGGGGAAGCAGAAUGGGAUUGUGGGCUUGAAAACAUAAAUGAAAAGCUGAUGCAAAAGUUGAGGACAAGAUACUUGAAUGAGAUGCUGACAUUUGAAAAGAAUGAGAUGAAGGAGGAAGUGGUGAAGAAAAUCAAAUCUGGACUAAUUGCUCAAAAGGAAAUCAAGAAAGCAGCUAAGGGGAAAUAGGAGGAAAAAGACUAAUGCUGAAACCUGAUGCUGAAGCAUACGAUGAAGACAACUUUUUUGUGUGUGGUUAUAUUAGUACUAUGGAUAACUGAAUUUUAAUUUUGAUGAAAACUUAUGUGGUUAUAUUAGUGUAAUGGUAAUAUUGCUGUUAUAAAAACUAAUGUGGUUA